GGCUCUGGUCCGGACACUGGAGGAGCAAAAAGCAAAGCUAAGCUACACUGACACAGCCCCGGGGUUGUGUGCGCAACUGUGCAUGCUUACGCAGUUCGUUCGAUGAUGCGCGCACGCGCGUGUACCAUUUGUUUUCAAUGGAAUAGCGUAAACACGAUUCAGAGGUCGUGCUGAGAUCGACUCAUCUGCGUGCAUCGCGAGCUAGCUUAGCUUAGCUAGCUGCGAACAAAGACGCAGAAGGAAGCAACGAGUCCUUGGGGCACGGAGUCGUAAAAGUGUGUUUGCGUGAAAAUGUGUAAAGUUGAAAUGCUGAAGGCGUUGCUGAGUCAGCGGCUAAGUGCGGCCGUGGAAGAAAUAUUUGUGGUAUUUGAACGAACGUUAGCAGAAUACGAGGAGGAACUUUCGCGAACAAAAGAGGAAAACCAGCGACAACGUCAACUACUGGACGCUGUUUUCAAGAAGAGUCGAGACGAAUUGCAGAGAGAAGAAACAGUGGACGCCAUUAACGGGUUCAAAGAGCCGCAGCCCCCAAACGUUAAAGAGGAAGAAGAGGAGGGUGAUAUCACUAAGUUGUCACUGAUUCGAAUCGUUGUGAAGAGUGAAGAUGAUGAAGACAAAGGGCAACAUGAGGCGAACGGAGCCGCUGAGUUUCUGAGCACCAGCUCAAGUCAACACAUGAGAAAAAAAAGUGAUGGAGACCACUGCAAAGAACCCCAAGCAGACAGCCUCUUAGCUCCACUCUCAGAUCGUGACAACAUAUCGUCAUACUAUCCUGACACUGAUGAUGAACACUUUAAAGGUCAGAUGACAUGUCACACUGACAACAAACAUGUGAAAUGCUCCCAGUGUGACAAAUUAUUUUAUGACAAGUCAAAUUUGAACAGACACAUGAGGGUCCACACAGGAGAGAAACCCUUUACGUGCUCCAUUUGUGGUAAAAGCUUCAACCUGAAGGACUCUCUAGUCCGACACGUGAGGAUUCACACGGGAGAGAAACCAUUUAGCUGCUCAGUGUGCGGCAAAAGAUUUUCAAUUAAAGGAACUUUGAAUAUACACGCAAGAACACACACUGGGGAGAAACCAUAUCGCUGCUCAGUCUGUAAUGCAAGUUUUAGUUGUCAUUCGGGACUUGGUCAGCACAUGAGAAGACACACUCGGGGGAACAAGGUUCACAGCCUCCAACAUCCGUCAUGAAAGAGGCGGGGCCAUGAAAUUGUUCACCUCAUCCAUGAUUGACCAGCAUAAAGCUUCCUUCCCUUUCUCUGGAAAUACACUGUAUUAUAUAUAUAUAUAUAUAUAUAUAUAUAUAUAUAUAUAUAUAUAUAUAUAUAUAUAUAUAUUUUUUUUUUAAGAUUGCAUGUGCGAUGCGACGAUGUGCACUGGAUGCUUCUUAACUGUAUUCUGUUACACACACCGCCAACUCAGACGGCUUCAGCAUAUUUGGCUUUGUCCGGUUUAAAGAAAAUAUGUUGAUCUGAGAGCAGCGGUGCUCAAGAUUUUUAGGUCCAGGGACGCCUUUCCGGGGUGAAAUUUUUCCAAAGACCUCUCAUAAUCCUAAAGUCAGGUUAACAUGUUUACUGUGUGUACUCCUAAAUGCCAUGGAAAUUAUUUAUUUCUUAAAUGUUUCAAUCUAAAUCUUCAUGAUCUGUUUUAGUAGAUAGGAACCUAACUGAAUUACAGUUGAAUUAAAUUCAAUAUUUAUCCAUUGUCCCGAGCUGAGGCGCACUGCUCCCACUAAUAAAAUGCCUGCGAACAGAGAGAAGCUAGUUUACAAACCACCUACUUGCAGAUUUAUUUUUUAAACCUCCGCUAUUUGCUGAAAAACUCACUUAUUUGCUGUUUUCAUAUUAGGCCAAAGCCCUGUUUGAUAUAGAAGUAUUGCCUCAGCGCCAUGUUUGUGCCAAGGAACUCCAGGAUGUUGAAGUGAAGAGUGGUGCUUCAUCAUCUUCACCUUGGCUAUUAGAACAGUUGUACUUAGCCACCAUCUUGUGGCAUGUAUAGUCAAUUCUGGUGUCACUCGCAGAUUUUUGCUUAUCGUAGCAGGGCUUAGUCCCUGUUACGUGUCCCCCUGCAAAUAGCAGGGGGACACUGAAUGCACUUUUUUUAUCAAAUGAUAUGAACAUCAUUUAUUGCAAAAUACUUUGCAGACCCCCAAGUUACAGCUUAUGGAGCCCCGCGGGUUCAACUGCCUUAAAGGGCAAAUAAGCGAGUAAAAUUCUCCAUUAGUUCUCAGUCAUUAGUGGUCAGUAUUGAGUUUACACCAAGCACCACCAACGUUAUUACCAACAGUAAUAUCCAAUACAAGAGCUUGAGCAACCAUUCUGACUUUACAAACAUUUGAAUUAUUAAUGCCGUCAGAGAGGUAUUAUUCAUGUAACACUAUUUAUUAUUUUGGUUGUUCAGUUAAUACCUCUCUGGCAGUGUAUUUAUACUAUUAUUAUUAUUAUUGGAACUCAGUAGAUUGUGCAAGUGAUCCUAAUGUUGGGGUUAAUCAUCUUGUAUGUAUAAUGUUGUGAUAGAGAUAACUAAAGUGAUAAUCCUAACAUUCCCCAUAGGUAGGUAGGUAGACGUGGUUGAAAAGAAUUUUACUGUAAAUAUUUGUUUAUCCUUUCAACUUUCAAAGCCGUUGUUUGUCUCUGUGUUUAUAUGCUUGCAUGUUUACCCCUUCCAACCACGAGGUUACUUAAGUUUACAUUUUUGGUUGAUGAGGAUUUCAGACAUUUUCAUUGGGACGCCCAAUGUCCGCAUUAAACGCUGGAUGCGAUGUUAUUUAUAAUCAUUCUGUCACACAAGCCAAUUUAUUCUUCCAUAAUGGAAACAAGUAAAGUAAAGCAGACAGUUCCAUAUCUCCCACAGCCACUAAAACAAGCAAAAAAAGGCAAAAGCAACAUUACUGUUACGAGUGUUAA